AUGUCUGCCUUUAUGCCCCAUUUAAUUUUGCGUGAGGUCUUCACUUACAUCUCAGCAGAAGAUUCUUUUAUGGCGCUUUCUACUCUUCAUUCAUGCAUGUUAGUUAAUCAUCAUUGGUGCUCAGUCGCCAUCAAAGUCUUUUGGUUUAAGCCAUUUCGUCAUAGAUCCCCUCUUCUUAUACAUACACUCCUUUAUUCCCUUUCCUCAUCGGAACGCGACGCAAUUACGCUAGUACAAGACAUUUCUCUCCCACCUAUUAGUCAUAAACCAUACUAUGACUACCCGUUAUACCUAAGGGAUCUUGAUUACUGGGCUUUUACGAAAUCAAUCAAAGCGUAUAUUGCAAGAAUGACGAGGCUUACAACCAGAGACGAUGAUUCAACUACGUUAAAUGGGGUCAGAAACAGAAUGAGAGACGCACGCAAAGAAUACGAAGACUUAUGUUACGUAAUGUCAAGCGAAAUUAUCAAAAUGUUUAUUCGAAAGGGCGUAAAACUCUACUAUUUAAGAGUCCUUACAUGGGAAGAUCAAUUGGACACUGAUGAGUAUUUAUUACUCUUAAAACCAGAAUCACACUCACUUAUCAGUUCAAUAAGAGAACUCGAACUAGCAUCCUGCUAUCAAAAGUCUAUUUUCUUAUCGACACUAGCCAAAAUAUGCUGUAAUAUACGUUCGAUGCAUCUGACUCUAGCUAAUUGGAGUUCCCCCGAGGACGACGGUAAAUCGGAAAUGCUCGGUUUGGCCGAACUCGUUAAGGCUCAAAAAUCUCUGAGACGAAUACAGUUUUGGACCUUUAAACAUUAUGGAGCUAAUGUGGAAUAUGUUUUAGAUGCAAUACAAACACAGGCAGAGUCUAUAACAGAGAUGGGCUUUUACGAUGUAAAUUUUACAGCUACAAAGUCGUUGGAUGGUAUAGCAGCAUGUUAUAAUUUAGAGCAACUAACAUUCAAAGGUUGCGAUCUUAAUGAUAACGUGGCAUCGCCGUUAGUGCGAGCAGAUUUUCCUAGAUUAAAUAAGGUAGAAGUAUGCCCUUGUCAUAAUAAUGGGUUAAAAGAAUGGGCGGCAUGGAGAAACUUGAAUAUAAGCUUUCGGAAUAGGGGAAAUUUGUCCGCAGGACGUACGUCUCGUUGA